AUGGGGGCCGCACUUCAUGACUUUCUUGAAAUCGUCUUCCAAAACAACGAGAAAAUCGUGCAGUCGUGGCAUCUUGAUGGCUAUGACUUUUGGCCCGUAGGAUAUGGGUCCGGGCAAUGGAGUCAAGAGAGCCGAAAAAGUUACAAUCUUGUGGAUGCUCUUACACGACACACGGUGCAAGUAUACCCUAACUCAUGGAGUGCAAUUUAUGUUUCAUUGGACAACCAAGGAAUGUGGAACCUAAGAUCUUCGAUGUGGGAACGACAAUAUCUUGGUCAACAAUUCUACUUGAGAGUUUAUAAUCCAGUUAAGAGUCUUGCGAACGAAUAUGAUAUUCCUUCGAAUGCUCUUCUUUGUGGUAGAGUCGCAGGACGACGUUUCUAAAUGAUUUGUUUGUUUAUUCGAAGGUCAUGAAGGGUUGAUCACAGAAAUUAUUGGAUAAUAUUUAGAUGAUAAGAUGAUCUUUACGAAGAUUAGGACAUGUUUUUUGGUCUCAGUUUUUUAUUCUUUAUUUUCUUGGACGUCUCCGUUUCAUUUUAGGGUUUAUAUUUGUAUAUUAUAUAUAACAUUCUACUUUCGAG